AUGCAUCUCCUCCAACUGCCAGUCGAGUUACUGCAGGGCAUUGUUGAAUACCUUGCCGACGAAAGGGACAUCAGUGCCCUUAGCCGGACGAGUCGGCCGCUGUUCAGCGCGGUCAUUUCGCACCUCUAUGCUAGCAAUCAUUUCCGCCACGACGGCUCAGCUGUGACAUGGGCCAUCGAAGCCGGGAGGCCAGAAACCAUCCAAAGAGCACUCAGCGUGGGCGUUGACCUUGUGCAGCUGCGUCAUAUUACCCUUGCGGCCGAGCUUGGCCAAGCCGAUCUUCUCAAUACCCUGCUGGAAGGCAAACUCAAGUAUGGCGGCUUUCAGAGUAUGGAAACUGACGAGAAUGACCGGUGCCCUUUGCUUGUCGCAACCAAAGCCGCGCAGUACGACACUACCAAGAUCCUUCUGGACACGGGCAGAGUCGGGGUUGAAGCGUGGAGCCGUUACGACAGGACGCCACUACACAUUGCAUCGAGCUAUGGAAAUCCGCGGCUGGUCAAGCUGCUCCUGGAUUAUGGGGCUAAUAUUCUUGCCAUGGAUAAAUUUGGACGCACGCCGCUAGGAUAUGCCUGUGCACCAGACCACUACUUCUCUAGGGCCCGGCAGACGGCAAGCCGAGAGGGUUACGUCGAGACUGUAAGGGUUCUUAUCGAAUACGGAACCGAUGUUCUCUACAGAGAAUUCAACAACUUCACUGCGUUUCAUUCGGCCGUCCGUUAUGGUUAUUGUGAUGUAGUCGAGCUGCUUGCUGCUCAUGGCGCGGACGUGAACACUCGGGACCGACGGGGACACACACCUUUACAAACUGCUAGCCUCGAAUGUGGGAAACUUGAGAUGACGCAAUUACUCGUUCGCGCAGGUGCUGAUAUCAGGGCGACGAACUUUCACGGCCGCAACUCCCUCUACAUGUCACCAAAGACGAAGGAGCCGGCACAAGUGGCCGAGUUCUUGUUCGCGCAGGGAGUUGAGAUGACCAGAGACCUCGAAGGCAAUACCCCGCUUCAUUAUGCCAAAGUUUCCUCAGACCUGGUCGAGGUGUUUCUUGCACAUGGAGCCGAUAUCAAUGAUUUGAAUCUGAGACGGGAGACGCUCCUGCACCUUGCUUCGUCUGACCCAAGUCGAGCUCCACUCGUGGGGAUGCUCAUCGAGCGUGGCGCGGAUAUUAAGUUGAAGGAUAUCCAGGGACAGACACCCCUGUUUCUGGCAGUAAGAUGUUCCUCGCUGAAAACGAUGGAGGUUCUGCUAGAGCAUGGAGCAGACCCUAACUGCCUGCCCAAUAGUGGGCUGUCCAUGAUACAGAUGGCAAUCUCUCGGCGCUCCGCGGAUCAGACUGAUCUCCUAUUACGCUUUGGAGCAGAUCUUGGAAAAUUCAACGAGCAGGGAAGAAGCGCCAUGCAUUACUGCGCCUUGUUCGGACAUCUUCGGCUGAUGCAGAUCAUGAUUCAGCAUGGAGCCUCGACUAACGAGCCUGACGAACAUGGGCGCACGCCUCUCAUGGAGGCUGUCGUGGGACACUCAAUAACUGCGGUAGAUUUCCUCCUGAAACACGGAGCAAAUGCGCGUGAUGCGGAUGAGGACGGGCAAACUGCACUGCACAUACUCACAACCGUCCACGGUGCCAAGUGGCCCGACAUCAUCCAGCUCCUCAUUCAACAUGGUGCCGAGAUGGAGGCUUUGAACAGAGCGGGCCGGAGCCCUAUGUCUAUCCUGAGGUCCAAAUCGGAUGAUUUAUUAGUGGACUUGGUCUAUGAAGUCGACCCAGAUCCUCAACCUUUUUUCGACGUUUGA